UAUCACAGAUUUUAAGAUGCCAAAAUGGUGAACUGCUGUGGAUUGGUAACUGUCAAGAAUGAACCAGUGCCUCUGAAGAGUAUUGCUGUGGAGGUGAGUGUCCAGGGGCAUGUAGCCACUGUGAGCUCCACUCUGCAGUAUGAGAACCAGGAGGAGAGCCCUCUGGAGGCCAUCUUUGUUUUCCCUCUACCAGGAGAGGCUGCUGUCUGCAGGUUCAGCGCCAAGAUAGGACAGACUGAGGUGGUGGCUGAGGUUCAGGAGAAACAGAAGGCGCGGGAGCAGUAUGAUGAUUUGUUGAGCUCGGGCCAGCAGGCCUUCCUAUUGGAGGAGAGUGAUGAGAGCCCGGAUGUGUUCAAGCUGAGUGUAGGUAGUCUGCCUCCAGGGGAGAAGGCCUCUGUCAGCCUGGACUAUGUGACAGAGCUGGCUGUACAGGCUGACGAUGGCCUAAGGCUCUGCCUUCCAGCUGUGCUCAACCCCCGCUAUCAACCCCAGGGUAAGAACAUGGACCCCUGUAUGGAGAGACAUAAACCACUAAUACAUCAUAGUGCAGUGUAA